GAGGAUGCAACAUCUAAAAAUAUUAUUAUUGAAGUAAAUCAACAGAUUAGGGAUGGUAGCCAUGACAAUAUUUUCCACAAGACAUUUACCUACCCCUUUUUCAUCUUUCAUUCCACCAAAGGCAUUUAAAUCAAAAUCCUGCAGCCUCUCUACUACUGACAUGAAAACUGGAUCACUAGUACCUCUUAAUCACUCUCAUAAUCUUUCCACUAAUCUUUCAUUUUCAGGUGGAGUUAAUAACCCUAGUAGGCGUUCAGGGAAUUACGAGCCUACCAUGUGGAAUUAUGAAUUUAUUCAGUCUACACACAAUUGUUAUGUGGGAGAGAAGUAUAUGAAGCGAUUUGACGAACUGAAAAAGGAAGUUAAAAAGAAUUUGAUGAUGGUUGAGGGGUCACAUGAAUUAGACAAGUUGGAGUUGAUUGAUAAUUUGGAAAGGCUUGGUGUGAGUUACCAUUUCAAGGAUGAAAUCAUGCAUAUAUUGAAGAGCAUAAACCAACACACUGCUCCAGGAGAUUCACUAUACGCCACUGCUUUGAAAUUUAGGCUCUUGAGACAACAUGGUUUUCAUAUCUCUCAAGACAUACUGAAUGAUUUCAAAGAUGAGCAGGGUAACUUAAAGCAAUGUCUUUGUGAAGAUAUACAAGGGUUGUUACAGUUAUAUGAAGCUUCAUUUCUCUCUACGGAUACUGAAACCGCUACUCUAAUGGAGUCGGCCAAUACAUUCUCAAUGUCACAUCUAAAGAAUUAUUUGCAGAAUAGGAGUAAUUUAAAUGGUGAUCAUCAAGACAAUCGGACAGUGGAACUAGUACGCCAUGCCCUGGAACUUCCUUUGCAUUGCAUGAUGUUGAGAGUAGAGACAAGGUGGUAUAUUAACAUUUAUGAGAAAAUGGAAAAUGCUGAUCCUCUUCUGCUUGAGCUUGCUAAGUUGGAUUACAAUAUUGUGCAAGCAACACACCAACAAGAUUUAAGAAAUCUCUCAAGAUGGUGGAAGAACUCAUGCCUAGCAGAAAAAUUGUCAUUUACAAGGGAUAGAAUAGUUGAAGCUUUCUUAUGGAUAGCUGGGAUGAUGUUUGAACCUCAAAAGAACCAAAAUUGCCGAAUAAUGUUGGCACAGGUCACUGCUAUGGCUACAGUCAUAGAUGACAUUUAUGAUGUUUAUGGCACACUUGAUGAGUUGGAGCUCUUCACUCGUGCUGUUGAAAGAAUGGAGAUUGAUGCAAUGGAUGAGCUUCCAGAUUAUAUGAAAGUAUGUUACCUUGCACUCUUCAACACUACCACUGAAAUUGCAUAUCAUGUUCUCAAAGAUCAAGGGAUCAACGCCAUGCCCUACCUCACAAAAUCAUGGGCAGAUUUGUGCAAAGCUUACAUGCAAGAAGCAAGGUGGUACUACAAUGGAUAUACACCAAGUGUGGAAGAAUACAUGGAAAAUGCAUGGAUUUCAGUUGGAAGUCUAGUGAUGGUAGUGAAUGCAUUCUUCCUAGUUACAAAUCCAAUUACCAAAGAGGCAUUGGAAUACGUCUUUUUAAGCAAGUACCCAGACAUAAUUCGUUGGUCUGCUACAAUUAUUCGUCUUGCUGAUGAUCUAGCAACAUCAUCUGAUGAAAUGGAAAGAGGUGAUGUUUCCAAGUUAAUUCAAUGUUACAUGAAUGAGAAGGGUGCUUCUGAAGAAGAGGCAAGAAAACACGUCAAUUUUAUGAUAAAUGAGACAUGGAAACUGAUCAACACAGCUCAACGGGAUAAUUCAUUACUAUCUGAAAAAUUCAUUGGAUGUGCUAUAAAUGUUGCCAGAACAGGACAAACCAUUUACCAGCAUGGAGAUGGCCAUGGAAUUCAAAAUUCUGAGAUUCAAAAUCGUAUAUCCAAAUUAUUUUUCGAACCCAUCACAAUUUCAAUUCCAUAAAGUCACACUGUUUUAUGAUUUUUACAUGUACACACAACGAUUUAUGCAUUUCUUUUAGAGAAAGAUUACUGUGAAAAUAAGACAAACUUUAUUUUGUA